UCCGGCUCGCCCUCGUCUACCUCCCCGGAACCUCCGCUGUCCACCCGCCCCGAGGUCGCCACCCCUCUCACCAGCAUUCGCCGCCUUGGCAAAGGCUGAUUGAAGCAGUAAGCGAUGUCUCCCUAUGCAGGUUCGGCUCCGUUUGAUCUCUGUAGAAAGGAAGCUGCUUGUUUGCUUACUGGAAAGGGGUCAGCCAUUGCCAAAGUUUGGUGAAUGGGAUGUGAAUGACCCAGCUUCAGCGGAGGGGUUUACUGUCAUCUUUAACAAGGCAAGGUAUGAAAAAAAGACGGGUGGCAAGCCCAAAUCUCCGUCAAAGGCCAACCCUCAAGUCAAACACUCUGUUGAUCCGAGCAAACCUCCAACGAAGAAAUGGUUUUGCUGCAUUCAGAGCCCAGCAGAAUCUUGACUAGGUUCUUUGGCGAGGAGCUUCCAAAAGAGACGCGCGUUGUUAGGCUAAAGCAGCCCCAGAAUGUUCACUUGAAGAAGAUACAAACAGUUUAGAGCCAUUGUUAUUAUUGCAGGAAUAGCUCGUGGUGUAAAUGUGGGGUUUGUGGAGAUGAGUAAAAUAAUGACGCGUCAUGCUUACUAUAAUCUAUCAUCAGUAUGCUUCUCUGUCUCUGCCUAUCUCUCUCUCUCUCUCUCUCUCUCUCUCUCUCUCUCUCUCUUCCUCUGCUUAGUUCUAUUGUUAAUUUAUUAAUUGUCUUCUUUCUGUAUUUGUGAAUUGGAUCUGUCUGUGAAAUGUCUACGCCUACUUUCAAUCUGGUUUAAUUUAUUGUUA